AUGCAUCCUGACUUGAAGAAUACCUGGACCCCCGCGGUCAAUGUCUUGACCUGGUUUAUGCUAGUGACGGCCAUUUUGAGCGUUGCGACUCGACUUGGGACGAAAUACUUCUUCUUUCGCAAAUUUACCCUCGAUGAUGGACUUGCCGCAGCAUCGAUCAUCUUUUGCAUCGCGGAGUCUAUAGCGGUGUCUAUGGCGACUGCGAAUGGUCUCGGCCAGCACUACAAGUUGCUGGCUGAGAUCAAGGUAGAAAAUAUGAUGAAGUCCGAGUUCGCGGCGAUCAUUCUAUUCGUUGCCAGCAUAUGUUGCUCUAAGCUGUCGCUACUAGUCUUCAUUCGCAAUUUGACUCCAGCGUCCUUGGAUCGUCGCUUCGCUCUUGUGCUGGGAAUAUUGAUUGGACUCUGGGCCGUCACUGGCAUUAUAACGUCUUCGUUCCAGUGUCAUCUACCGCGUACUUGGGACUAUAUACAUGGAAGUUGCUUUGAUCGGAGCGCGUGGUGGAACUAUCUGGGUAUCACAAACAUCCUAUCCGAGGCUGGAAUCAUUGCUCAAGCGUUACUGGUCAUCAUUCGAAUCCAGACAGAUUUCAGCAGAAAGGCUGGUCUGUUCAGUGUGUUUUUCAUUCGAAUUAUUGUCAUUGUUGCGAUUAUUUGCCAACUUGUCUACGCCAGCAAGUCAUUCUCAUCGGAAGACCCUUCAUUCGAGACCUGGACAGUUGCAGUCUCUACACAAAUGGCCCAAGGAUUGAGUAUAGUCACGGCGUGCUCCCCACAAUUCAAGCCUUUCCUGGACAACCUUCGGUCAUCGGGGAUGAGUCUUGAAAUGUCGAGCUCCUACGGCUAUGGCAGUAAGCACAAAACAUACGGCAUGACUACGAUGAAAGGAACCCGCCGGACUCAAGACACUCGAAGCGAGACCCACGAGCUCGUCUCGAUUCCUCGCGAAGGAGCCCACGAGACCCUAGUCACAUCGGCACCGGAUGAUGAUGCCGAAAGCCAGUCUAGCCAGUCUAACAUUAUUAUCGAGACCCGGACCUGGACUGUAACCGAAGGACUUCGGUAA